CUGCAUUUCAGUGUGACAACUUGUUGUUUCCCAAUUGCUUUCGAGGUUCAAACCCGUUUCAUAGUGGGCAUUGACACGAAUAUCAUAUAUGGUGUUUGGCUCCAGAUCUUUCACGACAUAGUCGUAACCUUCUUGUGAUGCAAAGUAUGCAUGUCUCGCGCUUCGAGGUUCAAUUGUCUGCGUUCGCAUUACACCUGCUUCGUCAGCGUAUUGCUUUGAACCGGAAGCACGAAUAUUAAAUGCCAUCAGUCCCUUGGUAUUUUGAGGCCGUUGCCAAGUUAUUUUUGCACUAGUGAGGCCUGGGAUGCAAAGCAGUCCUCUAACAGAGUAGUCUGUUCCCCAAGUUGUCAUUGUUGA